CUGUGCUGCGGGGGAUCACUUGCCUUGUGACAUUUGGCAUCACUAAUUGCCUCUCUGAUUAAUCAGACUACCUGUGAUGGUGCAAAUUGUAGCGGGGAGAUUCUCUGCUGGGCUGUGAACUCCUGCUGACUCCAUCUCUUCUGUUCUGAGCCAACGUUCACCAUGACAGCGGAUAGAGACGCCUGCUCUACGCGAUGACAGCCGACAAGGAGAAGAGAAGGGCGAUCAGCCGUGAGGCAGCCAGAAGGAGACGACGGGUGGAGUCUGAGGUGUUUGAAGAUUUGUCUCGCCUCCUGCCGCUCCAACAGUCUGUCCGAGAUCACCUGGACAAGCCCUCCGUGAUUCGCCUCACCCUCAGCUACAUACGCAUGCGCACACUGCUCACAGGGAAGACUGCGACAAAAUCAGAGGCCAGUCACACAGUCAAAUGGGGACAAGUGAUGGAAGGUGGAGAGGAACAGCGGCAGUGUGACGGAGGACGUGACGAGGGCGAAGAGAAGGAAAGGGAGGAUGCCGAGGCCUCAGAGGAGACAAACAUGUACCUGAGGAUCCUGGAGGGAUUUCUGAUGGUCCUGUCCACCGAGGGAGACAUGAUCUUCCUGUCUGACGGCGUCAGCAAGUAUAUGGGCUUGACACAGACUGAGCUGAUGGGACACAAUAUUUUCGAGUUUACUCACCCUUGUGACCACGAAGAAAUAAGAAAUAAUCUACGUCUCAAAACAGAGGAAGUUCGGUGCGGUGCAAAGAGGGACUUUGUCAUACGGAUAAAAAGUGCUCUGACACACAGAGGAAGAAGCGCCAACCUCAAGUCAGCUACGUGGAAGGUUCUCCACUGUCAGGGCCGAGCGAAGGCGUGUGUUGGCCCAUCUUCAGUUUCCUGCCUGCUGCUGACCUGCCAGCCUCUGCCCCUCUCACACACAAUGCUCAGCACACACACCUUUACCAGCCAGCACAGCAUGGACAUGAGGUUUACAUACUGUGACCAGAGAAUUACUCUGCUUUUAGGUUACAGUACUGAGGAGCUGCUGGGCCGGUCCAUCUAUGAUCUCUGCCACACCCUGGACACAAACUGUUUGACCAAGAAUCAUCUCAACUUGUGUUUUAAGAGUCAGUCAGUCAGCGGCCGGUACAGGAUGCUGGUUAAAGGUGGAGGUUACGUCUGGGUGGAGAGUCACAGUGCAGUCAUCCCCAGCAUCCGACCCUCCAAGUCCAGGCCCGGCGCCCACCAGCCGCUCUGCAUCCUCUGUGUUACCUAUGUCCUCAGUGGAGUGGAGGAGCCGUCCCUGCAGCUCUCUGUGGACCAGACUGUCCACAGAUAUUUGAGCUGAAACUACAGUCUGAAGAACAGUCUGCAGAACUGUCAUCCUCAAAGAAACAUCAAUCUCUCUACCUCUGCCUGUGAAAUCUUAUCAGUUACUUUCAAUCAUCUAACUUUUAAUAAAUAUGAAAU